UCAGGGCUCUGUGAGAUUUUACAUUUUCCUUUACAUUGGUAAUUCUCCUUACAACGAGUUGGUUCGGAUUGAGUUAAUAAUUCCCCAUGUUUAGUCCACAACUUUUCUUUCUCAGAUAUUCCACAUCUCGAUUUUCCCUUACUCUCCACCAGCUCAGAUUAUCUCAAAGAUGUACCAAAACAAAAAUAAAUUUAAUUCUUUUUUUAAAGAGAAAUACAUUAAAUGGAAAUGAAAUGAUACAAGAUGUAUUAAAUCAAAUAAAGAGAACAACAAAUUUAAAUACAAAUUUAUUUCAACAAAAUUUAUUUAUUACAAAUUAUUUAAAUAGAUUAUUUAAUGUCCAAUCUUCUUUAAAAAAUUUUGAAUCAAAUUUAGAAAAUACUAGAAGUGCUGUUUUGAAUUCUACAAGAAGAUUAAAAUUAGACGAAGUUAAUGAAUUAACUACGGCUUUGGGGGAAAUUGGGCGGGAAUCUGUGGAAUUGAAAGGUGCUUAA